UUCUUUCAUCCCUCCCGCCUCCAUCCCUUCCUCUAUCCUCCUUCCUUCUUCCCUUCCCUCGCCCCCCCUUUCCUUCCCUCCUUUCUUUCCUUCCUCCUUCCUUUCUGCCCUCUUUCCUUCCUUCCUCCCUCCUUUCUGCCCUCUUUCCUUCCUGCCUCCCUCCUUUUCUCCCUCCUUCCUUCUUUAUUUUUUCCUUCCUUUCUUCUCCUCCUCCCCUUUCUUUCCUCCAUCCUUUCUCUCUCCUUUCCAUUCUUUCUCCUUUUCCUCCUCCAUCCUUCUUUCUUUCCUUCCUUCUUUCCUCCAUCCUUUUUUACUUCCCUUUGCGUCCUUCCCUCUUCUUCCUUCCUUGACCCGAGGACAACAGGAGGGUUAAGCAAUUUUUAAAAAUCCUGUAAAAAAAGAUAUAAUUCCCCAUUAUAUUAAUAUACAGCUAUCAACUUUUAUGGUUAAUAUCUGUAAUAAAAGUAGUUUAAUCCCCCAUAACUUCCCUUCAAGGAUAAAUAGGUCUGGGUUAACGUAGAAAAACCCUGUGAAAAAAUACAGUUCAAUCCUGUAAAAUCACUUUUAAAGUGUCCUGUCUGCUUUCACCAACACAGCCUGCUGGGGGCGGUAGCGAGCCGACCGAGUCCUUUUCAAAAGGUGUCAUCUUUUUAUUGGGAAAAAGUUCUGGUUGGUUGGUUGGACACAUCAUUCUGUCGAGGACUCACCAAUUGUUUUUAGAUCAUGUUUUACGAGAACGCUGCAUGGAAGAAACACAAAAGUUGUGGGACUUCAUCUCUUCUCCCCAUGACUCCCAAGAAACCUCAAGAGUGGCUGCAAGUGGUUGGACAUGCAGGGAGCUUUCACGUUGGGGAGUUUGGCACCCUGCUGAAGCGGUUCUGUGAGGGCGAGCAGCAGUGUUACCUCCGGCUGAUGGAGGACUCUUUGAGGCCUUUUGUUCCAGCCUACCACGGUGUGGUGCAGCGGGACCAGCAGGAUUACAACAUGAUGGACAACUUGCUGACCCACUUCACUACACCGAGCAUCAUGGACUGCAAGAUGGGGAGCCGCACGUACCUGGAGAGGGAGCUGCUGGUGGCCAGAGAGCGGCCACAGCCUCGUAACGACAUGUAUGAGAAGAUGGUGGCGGUGGACCCGGACGCCCCCACGGGCCAGGAGCGAGCCCAGCAGGCGGUGCUGAAGACCAGGUACAUGCAGUGGAGAGAGACGCUGAGCUCCACCACGUCUCUUGGUUUCCGUAUCGAAGGAUUCAGGAAGUCCAAUGACGAAUGUCACACCAACUUCAAAAGGACCAAAAGCAGAGAACAAGUGACUGAAGCACUGGACAACUUUGUUGAGUCCAAUAACCACAUUGUGUGGAGCUAUCUGAGACGGUUGAAACAGCUGCGGCAGGUCUUGGAGGUGUCAGACUUCUUCAGAACACACGAGGUUGUGGGCAGCUCCUUGCUGUUUCUUCAUGACUGGACAGGCAGAACAGGAGUGUGGAUGAUUGACUUUGGAAAGACAGUGGAAGUGCCGUCACACCUCACGUUGGACCACCGCUCCCCCUGGGUAGAGGGCAACCGAGAAGACGGCUACCUGUGGGGUCUGGACAACCUCAUUGAUAUACUGACCAACAUGCUCCCGCUGACCUGAACGCCUCUUUUAACACAUGAAAAUGUACUCUUUUAAUCCUUCAAGCACCGCUCAUAAGCGAGUGACUGCAGACGGACCGGCGUCUGUAAUUGUUGGGAAAUUGUGGGAAAUAACUCUGUUUGAAAAUACAGCAAGAGGGAGAAAAAACGGGAAGAUGUGAAUGAUUACAAAAACAGCACAUUUUGUAAAAUGUGUUAUUAAUGAAACACUUUCCAGAACAGAUUUUUAAAAAUUAAAAUAGGCCCAAACCAUUGGUCAAAAGGUCAUUGGGUAUUUAUGGACGAUGAACCUGAACUGCACUGCCACGAACACUGAGCUCAGCCUGCAGGAGACACACACAAUCAGCCUCCAGCCUCCCAAAGAGACACCGACCCUCCGGUCUCAAGAUGACCUGCUCAUUAUUGCAAGAAAAACACCACACAAGCUAUUACACCCAGCCUUAUCCCCUGUGGUCUGAGGUGCUCAGCAGUUUAAAUGUCACACAGUGUCAUUAAAUUGGUGCUAAAACUAUCAAAGUGAACUUAUUUCCUGCAUUGAUUUCAUUCAUUUGUUUUCCAUAAUUACACCACUCAUGCAUUGGGGUUUGAGUAACAUUCCACCAAAAAGAAAACACUAUUUUUCGGGCACCCAAUUAUUCCACACUUGGAAAAGUGCUGUAUAAAUUCUAUUUUCUUCCUGUUUUUCUAAAAAUAUAAUUUUUCAGUGAUAUUCAACUGUGCUGUUCUCCACAAAAACAUUUCUGAGUUGUUCCCACAUCUAGCCAUGAUUGUGCUGAUUCCAUAGAGCUGCAGGACUUAUACAUUUGGAUAUUUUAUAUAUAUAUUAUAUAUAUUGCUAUGAUAUACAAGGCCACAGUGAGUAAAAUGUAAAAAGAACAACAACAAAAAAACACCCUGCACAGCUUGUUGGGCUUCAGGGGGUUAAUAAUGAGUGAGUGAAAACCUGGGAGAUAUUUUGGUAACACUUUACAAUAACCAUCAUUAAUAAAUGGUAAAUAGAUGGUUUAUUAAUGUAAGUUAAUAAUUACUUUACCAUUAACAAACAAUUAAAUGCUAAUUAGUAAUGUUUAUUAACGGUUUAUAGUUGCUCUCAUAACAUUAAACACUAUUUUAAGCAUCUGUUAAUAAUUUCCAAAUGAUUUAUAUAACUUUAAGAAAAUGGUUGUAAAGCAUCUAUAAAGAUUAAAUAUGUAGACUUAAUUGUAGUACUUUGUAAAUGAUUUAUUUGGUUUAUUAACCAUCUAUAAACAUACCUUAGAUGGUUAUUGUAAAGUGUUACCGAUAUUUUUAGCCGUGCUAGACAGACAGUUGAGGUGUUACCAGCACAGUCUAUUAAAAUGCACUGUCUACUGUCUACCACUAUUUACUAUAAGUAAAUAAGAUAAAGAUUGAUAUUUCAGUUGAUUGCAUGUGAGGAUUGGUUGGUACAGUUUUAUAAUAGAAUGUACAUUUUGUGAAAAUGUUAAAAUUGUGAAAAUGUAACGUUAAGAAUCCUGGAUUGUAUAAACA